CACACACACACACUCACAAACACUAUUUCAAUUUUUGCCGACGCCGGUGCAGAAAAAUUUGUGCAAAGUCAGUGAAAUAAGUAAAUUGAAAAUGGAGCCAACACUAGAUAAAUAUAAAUUAAGCUGCGAGCUGCUUGGACACAGUCUCGAUGUGCGUGCUGUGGCGGUGGGCGGCAAAACAAAUGAGGGACAAAUGUUGCUAAGCGGCUCGCGCGACAAAACCACCAAAAUCUGGAAGCCAAUUGGCAACGAAUACAUUGAGAGCGUCACGCUCAAGGAUCACAAGAAUUUCAUAGCAAGCGUCUGCUACUUGCCACAGGAGCAAUGGAUUUGCACCUCGAGCAACGAUGCCACCAUUUGCAUCUAUCAACAGGAUGCUUUCGUGCCUCUCCUCACGCUUAAAGGACACGAAUCGACGGUUUGCGCCUUGGCCGGUGGAUUAAAGCCGCGCAGCUUAAUCAGCGGCAGCUGGGAUAAAACUGCACGCGUCUGGUUGAUCAGUGAAACUGGCGACGUGACGCACAUUGCGUUGCAAGGACACGAGGCAGCUGUUUGGGCCGUGGCCACGUUGCAGGAGCAACAGAAAUACGUCACUGGUGGAGCCGACAAAUGCAUCUACUAUUGGAACGCACAGGGCGAGAAGUUGCGACUGCUCAAAGGACACACGGAUUGUGUGCGUGGCCUGAUCCCGUUGCCUUCGAAUUCCCUGUUGUCCUGUGGCAACGAUGCUGUGCUGCGCUACUGGAACGAGGAUGGCGAAUGUGUGCGCGAGCUGAGCGGACACACCAACUAUAUUUAUGCCAUGGCACGCAACCAGCAGCUGGGCGAACAAAUCGUUUUGUCCUGUGGCGAGGACAGCACCUUGCGCAUGUGGAAUGUGUCAACGGGAAAGGAACUCGGUGCUCCGCUUCUGCAUCCAGCAAUCUCGGUGUGGUCGGUGGCUUGUUUGGCCAAUGGCGACAUUGUCACCGGCUGCAGCGAUGGCGUUGUGCGCGUCUUUAGUCAGGAUCCUGCACGACAGGGCAAGCAGCAGCUGGUUCAGUCCUUUGAGAUGGCGGUGGCGACGCACAAGUCGCAGCUCAACGAGGAAAUCGGUGGCGUCAAGAAGACUGAUUUACCUGGUCCUGAAGCUUUGCUCACAAAUGGCACACGCGAAGGCCAAACAAAAAUGGUCCGUGAAACGGAUGGCAGUGUCAAGUGCUACAGCUGGGAACUGGGCAAAUGGAAUCUGGUGGGCGAUGUCACUGGCGCCACGGGCGGCACUCAAAGUAACUCCGGAAAGAAGCUGCACGAUGGCAAGGAGUAUGAUUUUGUGUUCAAUGUGGAUAUCUCCGACACGGAGCCGCCCAUCAAAUUGCCUUACAACCGGGGCGAGGAUCCCUGGCAAGCAGCUCAGUCGUUCAUACAUCGCCACAAUCUGCCGCAGGCCUAUCUCGAUCAGGUGGCAAACUUUAUAGUGAAGAACUCAAAGGGAGGCGCGACAGUAACAAGUCAAGCCAAUAGUGGCUAUCAGGAUCCUUUCACUGGCGGCGCACGCUAUGUGCCCGGCUCCAGCCAGAGCAAUGUUCAAGGCGGAGGCAACAUGGAUCCCUUCACUGGCGGAUCCAGCUACUCGACGGCCGCAAGCAAGCAAUCCUCGAAUGUGGACGUGAACUUUGUGCGCGGCAGUGAUAAACAUUUCCCUGUGAGCAGCUAUCGCACUUUCGACACUUGUGAUGCCGGCAAAGUGCUCGACAAGAUGAAAGAAUUCAAUAACAAACUAACUAGCACCGAGGGCAAAGUGGGCGAUGAGCUGCUGCAAGCUGUUAUUCGCUUGACGGACAAAUCUCUUGCGCUGGAUCCAACCACUUUGGAAGCACUGAUGCUGUUGCUCAAGUGGCCAGCGGGCAUGCUCUUCCCGGUGCUCGAUAUACUCCGCCUGGCCGUGCGUCACGAGGCCGUCUUUAGUCUGCUGCAGAACAGUCACAACAUUUUGAGUCACAUUGUGCCGCAGUUGAAUGGUGCAGCAGCCAAUCAGUUGAUGGUCUGUCGGUGUCUAGCCAAUGCUUUGACUCAUGCGGCGGGCAGACAGCAAAUUCAGGCGCAGCUGCCACAGCUGGUGGAACUUGUGGCUGGGAUACGCGCUGGCAGCCCAAAUCUGCAGAUCGCCAUUGCAACGUUCUAUUUGAAUGUGACCAUUGCGCAGACACAGAGCGUGGCCAGCUCGGAGGUGUGUCACUCGGUCACCAGCGGUGUGCUGGAGCUGCUCAAGUGGGCCAAGGAUCUGGAGGCGUGGUACCGUGCCAUGCAGGCCAUUGGCAAUCUCACCACAACCGCUUGUGGCCAGGAAACCAUCGCCCAAGUGGUCUCCGUGGACAGUGUGAUGGAUAAAUUGCGUGAGCUUACAAAUACGCCGCAGGACGAGAACUUUGCCAAGGUGAAUGUGCUGGGACAGGCGCUGCUCGCUGCCUUUUGAGUUGCCCACGUUUAAACUUUACAACAUACACGUUUAUUUGGGAAAGUAUUUUUUGUGGAGUGCACCGCGUUGUGGAUCUUAAAAAUAAAUAUAUCAUUGCUUAGUC